AUGAUGCUCUUUGUCCCACAAGCCCAUUGCACCGAGCGGAGGAAACCCUGUGCCGUCGGCAGCCAUCUUGGAUAGACAGAGCAGACUUGAGCCAGGAUAACCUGCAUAGCUCAUCCGAACAGCUCAACAACGCAGGGCUCAAAAGACGUCAUUUCUGAGCCACGAUGGCCACUGCACCGUACAACUACUCCUACAUCUUCAAAUACAUCAUUAUCGGGGAUAUGGGGGUAGGAAAGUCAUGUUUGCUUCACCAGUUCACAGAAAAGAAAUUCAUGGCAGACUGUCCCCAUACAAUUGGUGUGGAAUUCGGUACAAGGAUAAUUGAAGUGAGUGGUCAGAAGAUCAAGCUGCAGAUUUGGGACACGGCAGGACAGGAGCGCUUCAGGGCCGUCACCCGCUCCUACUACCGCGGGGCUGCAGGGGCGCUCAUGGUCUAUGACAUCACCAGGAGAAGCACAUACAACCACCUCAGCAGCUGGCUGACUGAUGCCAGGAAUCUCACCAACCCCAAUACUGUGAUCAUCCUUAUAGGAAACAAAGCAGAUUUGGAGGCGCAGAGGGAUGUCACGUAUGAGGAAGCAAAGCAGUUUGCAGAGGAGAACGGUUUGUUGUUUCUGGAAGCCAGUGCAAAAACAGGUGAAAACGUUGAGGAUGCCUUUCUGGAAGCUGCUAAGAAGAUCUAUCAGAACAUCCAGGAUGGCAGCCUGGACCUGAAUGCUGCCGAGUCAGGGGUGCAGCACAAGCCUUCAGCCCCUCAGGGUGGCCGGCUAACCAGUGAACCACAGCCCCAGAGGGAAGGCUGCGGCUGCUAAUGACCAAGCAAACUCCCUUCACCCCUUUUUUCUGUCUGUCUGUCUGUCCUGCCCACUCUUCCUCAGCCAUCCCCACCUCCAUGCAUAUUUCCACCUCCGUAUGUUCAUCCACCCUCAAUGUGCCAGGAGCUGCAUGAAAACAAGGCUGUGGAGAGAAGGAAUGGGGGGACGGGUAUCAACAUGAUCCACACUGAGCUGGGCUGUGUGAACUACAUCUCUCCCCUCCUCCUCCUCUUCCUCCUUUGCCUGCCUGUCUCCUUCUGUUGCUGUCUGACUCCUUUAAACUGUGUGUGUCAUCCUAUAAUUCUUUCACUUCCUUCUGCUCAUCUUGCACCAUCCAGUCUAGUUCCCCACGAUGUAGUACAGUAGACGCCAUCACACGGGUUACUGACACUUUACAUUAAUGUAAUGUUCAUAUGAUAAUGAUAAACACUUAUUUUUAUGUUUUUAGCUAUAUACAGUAUGACAUGUAAGCACUGAAUUAGGUUUCUUCUACCACCAAUCAAUUCUGUAGGAAUAGGAUCAAAAUUAUAAUGUCUGCAUGGUUUACCAAUCCAGCAGUUUAUCAAAACACGUGGGUGCAAUAUCUCACUUGUUAUUAAUUGUGGACUCAGACAACAAAGGCAAUGAAAUAGUGUGUACUAAAGGUUGUUGCGUGCAUCUAAGGUAGAUUCACCCUUACCUGUGAACUCACGUGCCAGCUGUGGCAACUCUUAGGUUCUCAGUAGAGAAAGGAGUGUUUUUAAAAACCAAUAGUUACCCAAAGGUCUAUGCGAGUGGUUCUUCCAUCUGGAAUCCUGGGUGUUCUCCAGCUGGUCCCGUGUGUUUGUUAAAAGUUUGGAUGCAGCACUUGACACUUGAACAAAAAACAUUCUGAUAUCUGAAUUUUGUUUUUGAUGUAAUUACAUGCACUCACCUUGCCUCACCUGUCUGACCCCCAAACUCUUCCCCAGGUCAUAUCAACGGAUUCUGUCCAACAUUUUCUUUGCUUUUGUUUGUUGCCUUAUUCUAAUCAGUUGUGUUACUCUUAAAUCUUGUGUUUUGCUUCACGUACUCUUCAAACUGCUGUUGGACUUACCCCGACUCAGCAAAAUGACACAUUUUAGAAUAAUUACAGUAUUUUACUGGAGAAUAAUGUAAACAUGAGUGGCGGCUGACUUGGUGAACAUACUUUAACUAGUCCAUAACCUACAGCAUGGUAUGAAAACCACACUUUGACUUGUCACAUCUAAAAACAGUCCUUUAUCUCUAGGGAAGCUGCACUGAGAGGCUCUGUAUUUUGGAAGUUCUUCUUCUGCCUUGUAUAUUGUAACACCAUGCAGCAUGUCCCCCCGCUCCCAAAACAUUAUGAAAUUGUAAGAACCCAAUUAUGUUUUUUUUUUUUUUGUUUUUUUUACAAUUUCUGUACCAUAGUGAUUCCCUGAAUAGUCAGCUGUAUAUAUUGCUUCUUAACUAUUGGUGAUGACCUUGCUUCUUGGGAUUUAGAAGUUUAUUUGCUGGCUCUGCCAAGAUCUGUACAGUUGUGCUAGUGGGUGGGCUGUAAUUCAUGCUUGGGAUAUUCUGUAAUAUAGUUUCUAUUAAUAAAUGUAUGUAAAGGACAGACACCCGAACACCCCUGACCCCCCAUCUGCACACUACUGAAUCUGUUGAUUGUUUUUGUUAAGCGGGGAGAGGAAAUGGAUAGAGUUGAAGAUUAGUAUUUAUGUCUGCAGCUUUUGAUUGCUUUCGUUUCUGUAUUGAGGUGAGACUUCCAUGCCAUUUUCCAACCUGUACUAGCUCCUCCGCAUGGAAGGGGCCCACGUUGCUGUCUUAACUUUUGAGGAGUGGGGAUUGGUUUGUUAUUGUGGGGUAAAGGUGGGCUGGGUCUUUUUCCUUCUGUCCCACAUCUUUGAAGUCUGAAUGACCACUUCCUGCUUUGUCUGUCCACAAGUACAAAAGACAACGUACAUAUGUAUAAAUUUUUAAGGAGCUGUGCUAACAUUUAAAUGCGUUCUUGUGUGUAUAUGAUUUUAAAAUGUUGACAUUUUGAUUUUAAUGACAAGAUACUCUAGUCAGAAAAAUAAAUUAUACAUAACCUGUU